AUGGAUCGAUUAGAUAAGGCAGUAUCUUGUUUGGCGCAAGCAACGACAGACACGGCAACGGCGAUUACUGAACGUCACCAGUGUGACAUUAGUCGUAUAAAUCGUGUAUAUGAUGAACAGCAGCGGACUCUUCGAAAGCGAUUGGCAUUUACUGAAGAGGCAGAUGCGUUUAUAAAAGAUAAAGAAAGUCUACUAGCCAAAUCGACGUUUGCUCAGCACGAUGUUGAACAAAUCAACAUCUAUGCAGUCGAAAUAAAAAAUUUCACGAUCAAUAAACAAGACGAAAAACCUUUCAUUCCGCAUCCAUUGGAUACGCUCGAUUCGAAAAUGUUUCAAUGUCCUCUAACCAAACCCAACGUGUUCGGUAUCACAUCUGAACACAAGAUUCGUUUCGAUUGCGAUGGCGCGUACCAUCUGAAGUACACCAUAGUUAAACAUUUCGAAUACUAUCAUCGAAUGAUACCGGAAUGUGCGCUUCGAUUACGCAAUGCGAUUGUCGACGAUAGAUUGCCUCCUGAAACGAAAUUAUUCUCCAAUACAGAAGUUCUAUUCAACCAAGAAUAUCAUGCUGACUGUCCGUUAACCGAUCCAACGAAUAUCUACGGUGCAAACGCAACAGUCUCGACACUAUUACAUAUACCAUGUUCGAAAAAGCGAUUGACAUUGCCAUCAAUGCAGAAUCAUUUUCAUUUAUACCACAAGAUGCGAUAUGAUGUUGCGAAGAAGAUCGUCGAUGCCAUGAAGAGUAAAUCGCUUCACCCAGAUCUGAUUCUGUUUGGGAAAAAUGAACGACUCGGAACCAUUCCACAGAAAAAAUAA